CAAAAACAACCACGUAACAGAGAAAAACGAUGUCGUUUAAUAGAACUGAAUAUAUCGGAAAAAACCUCUGUUAAAUUUCUGGUUCAAUUGACGCCACUUCCUGCUGCAACUUUUUUCCGGUCAAUCUCCGACGAGUUUUCUGUAAUUUAAGCUAAACAACAGCGGAUGAGGCCGACGAGUACGUGAGCGGGAAGGAAGAAAUUCAUCUUACUUUUAGUUUUCAAAAGCGGGCGCUUAGGGCGUGAAAACCUAUAAUCUUCGCCCAUCAAAUUAGGUCGGCCACUGACCUAUCGGACGCUUUUCAGACAGAAGUCGUCAUUUUUAUGUUUAGCGGUCGUUUUGCAAGGUACCGAAGUCAUUUGAUCGGGGAGAAAGCACACACGAUUCACAGUUGAUCUCCACAAGUGGAGUUAUACUGUGCACAAAAGCUCGAAGCUAUAUUAUCUGUGAUUAAAGGAUUUGAGGUUUUUUCAGCUUAAAAAGGAUGGAUCAAGGGGGGCCAGUAUUUACAGUAGAUCUUCUUGAGAGAUAUGCAGCAAAAGGGCGUGGUAUAAUUACUUGUAUGGCAGCUGGGAAUGAUGUAAUUGUAUUGGGAACUAGUAAGGGAUGGGUUAUCAGACACGACUUUGGGGUUGGAGAUUCCUCAGAUAUUGAUCUAUCUGCUGGUAGAACCGGGGAACAAUCAGUCAACAAGGUUUUUGUUGAUCCUGGAGGUAGCCAUUGCGUUGCAACGGUAGUUGGAGGUAGUGGACCUGACACUUAUUACAUUCAUGCUAAGUGGAGCAAACCUCGUGUAUUAAGCAGGCUGAAAGGUCUUGUUGUGAAUGCUGUUGCUUGGAAUAGGCAACACAUAACAGAAGGUUCCACAAAGGAAGUCAUUCUUGGCACAGACAAUGGCCAACUUUUUGAGAUUGCUGUGGAUGAGAAGGACAAGAGAGAGAAGUACAUGAAAUUUUUGUUUGAAUUAACAGAACUUCCCGAAGCUUUCAUGGGUUUGCAGGUAUUUUUUAAUUUAUCUUUAUUUUGUUUUGCAGUGGGCACGGAAUUACCAAUUUCUAUAUCUCCUUUGGAGCUUUAUAUCAAUAUAGAUUCUUUAUUUCUAUAUCUCCAACAGUAAGAAUCUGUUUUUGCAAGUUAUAAAGAGCGUGCAGUGCACUUUAUGGAGCUUCCUGGGGAGAUACCAAACAGUGAACUACAUUUCUUUAUCAAGCAAAGAAGAGCUACCCAUUUUGCAUGGCUUUCAGGGGCAGGAAUCUACCACGGUGGCCUUAAUUUUGGGGCUCAACAUAGUUUCCCAAAUGGUGAUGAGAAUUUUGUGGAGAACAAGGCUCUGUUGAACUACUCAAAACUGUGUGAAGGUGCUGAAGUGGUCAAACCUAGUUCCAUGGCGGUGUCUGAAUUUCAUUUCUUGCUUCUUAUUGGCAAUAAGGUUAAGGUUGUAAAUAGGAUCAGUGAGCAAAUCAUUGAAGAACUGCAGUUUGAUCUAAUGCCAGAAUCAGUUUCACGAGGUAUAAUUGGAUUAUGUAGUGAUGCUACUGCAGGACUCUUCUACGCAUAUGAUCAGAACUCUAUCUUUCAGGUUUCUGUCAAUGAUGAAGGCCGAGAUAUGUGGAAGGUGUAUCUGCAAAUGAAAGAUUACACUGCAGCUUUGGCAAGUUGUCAUGAUCCACUCCAAAGAGACCAAGUAUAUUUAGUUCAGGCUGAAGCUGCAUUUGCCACCAAGGACUUUCUUCGAGCAGCAUCAUUCUAUGCAAAAAUCAGUUUCAUACUAUCUUUCGAGGAGGUAACACUGAAGUUUAUCAGCAUAGGUGAACAGGAUGCUCUAAGAACAUUUUUAUUGCGGAAGCUUGAUAAUCUUGCAAAAGAAGACAAAUGCCAAAUAACAAUGAUAUCCACAUGGGCAACUGAAUUGUACCUGGACAAGAUCAACCGGCUACUUUUGGAGGAUGAUGCUGCAUUAGAGAAUUGUAGUUCAGAGUAUCACUUGAUUAUUAAAGAGUUCCGCGCAUUCUUAAGUGAUUGCAAGGAUGUAUUGGAUGAGGCAACUUCGAUGAGACUUUUAGAAAGUUAUGGUAGAGUUGAAGAAGUGGUAUAUUUUGCUAGCCUCAAGGAGCAGUAUGAAAUUGUCAUUCACCAUUACAUUCAGCAAGGGGAAGCAAAGAAAGCAUUGGAAGUGCUUCAGAAACCUGCUGUUCCAGUUGAUCUUCAGUAUAAGUUUGCUCCAGAUCUCAUCAUGCUUGAUGCAUAUGAAACUGUGGAAUCAUGGAUGGCCAUGAAACAUCUUAACCCAAGGAAACUGAUUCCUGCAAUGAUGCGUUAUUCCAGUGAACCUCAUGCAAAGAAUGAAAUCCAUGAAGUAGUCAAAUAUUUGGAAUUUUGUGUUCAUCGUCUGCAUAAUGAGGAUCCAGGGGUUCACAACUUGCUGCUCUCAUUGUAUGCCAAGCAGGAAGAUGAGAGUUCCCUUCUGCGCUUCCUGCAAUGCAAAUUUGGAAAAGGAAUAGAAAAUGGACCUGAAUUUUUUUAUGAUCCCAAGUAUGCCUUGCGCCUUUGCCUCAAGGAGAAGAGAAUGCGUGCCUGUGUUCAUAUAUAUAGCAUGAUGUCCAUGCAUGAAGAAGCAGUUGCCCUUGCUCUACAGGUUGACCCUGAGCUUGCUAUGGCUGAAGCUGAUAAAGUUGAAGAUGACGAGGACCUGAGAAAGAAACUCUGGCUCAUGGUUGCAAAACACGUUGUUGAACAGGAAAAAGGAGCUAAGAGGGAAAAUAUAAGGAGGGCAAUAGCAUUUCUCAAGGAAACUGAUGGUCUUUUAAAAAUUGAGGACAUAUUGCCUUUCUUUCCUGACUUUGCCCUAAUUGAUGACUUCAAAGAAGCAAUUUGCUCAUCCCUGGAGGACUACAACAAGCAGAUUGAGCAAUUGAAACAAGAGAUGAAUGAUGCGACACAUGGUGCAGAUAACAUCAGAAAUGAUAUCAGUGCUCUUGCUCAAAGAUAUGCUGUUGUUGACCGUGAUGAGGAGUGCGGGGUUUGCAAACGUAAAAUUUUGACUGCGGCUGGGGAAUAUAGAAUGACGCAAGGUUAUACAUCAGCGGGGCCGAUGGCCCCCUUUUAUGUAUUUCCAUGUGGGCAUGCCUUCCACGCACAAUGCUUGAUUGCUCAAGUCACACGCUGUACUGAUGAAAUACAAGCGGAGUACAUUCUCGGCUUGCAGAAGCAGCUAACAUUACUUGGUAGUGAAGUGAGGAAGGAUCAAAACGGCAGCUUAACUGAGGAAUCCAUAACUGGCAUGACUCCUGCAAAUAAGCUUCGGUCACAGCUGGAUGACGCAAUAGCCAGUGAAUGCCCGUUUUGUGGUGACUUGAUGAUCCGGGAGAUUUCAUUGCCUUUCAUUCUGCCUGAGGAAGCGGAACAGGUCUCUUCUUGGGAAAUAACACCCCACAACCUAGCAAAGCAAAGAAGCUUUUCUCUUUCUGUAUGAGGAACGUGCUUUUUGUAUUUCUAGCUGCUGUUUGUGCUUUCUCCUGAUUUACAUAUAUAUAUAUAUAUAUGUAUGUAUGUAUGUAUGUACGUGGGUUAGUUUUAUUUGUUCUGCCGUGGGUUUGGUUUUGUCUUUCUCUGGUGGUUCUCAGGAUGCGAGUUUUUGUAGAGUGAGAGCUUCUUUUUCUGGAAGGGUAAAUCAAAUCUUUUAUAUGGCAUUGUAACUUCGCUUUGUUGUAGUAGAAUGGCCAUGGUGAUUUUAUUUGUUCGA